CUUUUGUUCCUCACACGCGAGUGCUGCGGGAGACGCGAGACAGGAGCGGCGUAACACGGAACGCGUUACGAGCGAGCCACCACCGCCAGCAGAAGGAGGAGGAGGAGGAGGAGGAGGUGGAGGAGAGUGAGAGGGAGUAAGAGGAACCCGCGUCGGGAAGCGCUGGCACACGCGGUGUCGCGAAAAAUGGCGAAGACGUUUCGCGCGGUGACGGUCUCGGCUCUGUCAAACAAUGGACAGACCACGCCGAAGUACAACAAACCGGUCACGCUCAAUAUCAAUUAUGACCCGCAGGGCCUCAGCAUCGAGCUUGUCUCAGGAGAUAGUGGCAAGGAAAAGACAAGUCUAUUGGAAUUUCCAGUGACUCCUAGUACUGAAUGUUCUCGCGUAUCAUCUCGAAGUUAUGUUUUUACCCUUGAUACAGAUAGCUUACUCAUUACAUUUGCUAAUGAAGCAGAUUUUCGCAAUUUUCACUCGCACAUAGUAAAACUCAAGGUAGGAAAAGGUAUAUCGGCAUUUAAUGAAAGAACGGAAGAAUCCUCAGCAAUGCAAUAUUUUCAAUUUUAUGGUUAUCUCUCGCAACAACAAAACAUGAUGCAGGAUUACAUUAGAACUAGUACAUACCAACGAGCAAUCCUUGGAAACUUAUCUGAUUUUAAGGAUAAAGUUGUACUAGAUGUAGGCGCUGGUUCUGGUAUAUUAUCAUUUUUUGCCAUACAAGCCGGUGCUAAGAAAGUGUAUGCUGUAGAAGCGAGCAAUAUGGCAAACCAUGCCGAGCUAUUAGUUGCAGCUAAUAAUUUGUUGGAUAAAAUAAUAGUCAUAGCUGGAAAAAUAGAGGAGAUUGAGUUACCCGAGCGUGUGGACUGUAUAGUGAGUGAGCCUAUGGGAUACAUGUUAUACAAUGAAAGAAUGCUUGAAACUUACUUGCAUGCAAAGAAGUGGUUAGCUCCAGGUGGGAGAAUGUUUCCCUCUAGAGGUGAUCUGCACAUUGCACCUUUUUCUGAUGAAAAUCUCUAUAUGGAACAAUUCAAUAAAGCUAACUUUUGGUAUCAGACAUGUUUCCAUGGAGUAGAUCUUGCCAUGAGAAAUAAUGCUAUUAAAGAAUACUUUAGGCAACCGAUUGUUGAUACUUUUGAUAUUAGAAUAUGUAUGGCGAAAUCGGUGAGGCAUAUAGUAGACUUCCAAACAGCUGAUGAGACUGAUUUACAUAAAAUAGAAAUAGAUGUCGAUUUUCAUAUACUGGAGAGUGGUACAUGCCAUGGUCUAGCUUUCUGGUUUGAUGUAGCAUUUAUUGGAUCCACGCAACAAGUUUGGUUAAGUACAGCUCCUACAGAACCUCUCACACAUUGGUAUCAAGUACGCUGCCUCUUAGAAAAUCCAUUGUUUUGUAAAAGUGGACAACUACUCUCUGGGAAAGUCAUUCUUAUAGCAAAUAAAAGACAAUCCUAUGAUGUAACAAUAGAACUGAAACUCGAAGGAACGAAUAUGGAAAGCAGUAGCAACACCUUAGACUUGAAAAAUCCUUACUUUCGAUACACAGGCGCUGCAGCGCAACCACCUCCUGGUUUAAAUAACACUUCACCUAGUGAAUCCUAUUGGACAACUCUGGAUGCGCAGGGUGCUCGACAAGCGGUGAAUAUGGUCAACGGAAUGUCUGUUAAUGGUCUUGGCGAGGUCUCAAUGGACACAAGUGCGACCGUAAAUCCAAAUAAUUUGCUGGCAAUAGGAGGACAACCAAACAUUCAUCCCGGUUCCAUUUCGAGUACGGGACGAGGUCGUGUAGGUACGGCCACAAGCACACAAGCGGCACAAUUGAUAGGCGGUGGAAUAACUCCAAACAUGUUUACAUCACCCGCUACUCUUGGUGUUACUUUCCAGCAAUCGCUGGUCCUCGGCAACUCUUCUCAUUAUCCAGUGAAUCCCAGCCUGAUGAUCGGUGACUAUGUGACUCCUGGGAACGGUUUAUCGCCGCAAGUAUAUCGGCAAUGAUCUACGGCGAAAUCGUUUCUCGCCGAAUAUUCCCGCAAAGUAAAACAGUUACAAAACGAUCGUAAUAGUUGUAACAGUAUUGGAGACAAUGGUAACAACAGUAAACAAAUCCGCAAACUGGUAUUUAGCUCCCCGGCCAGUAAACUUCGACUCUCGUCUGCCGUACGGAUUUUAAGUACCGUCGAUUUGGCCAAUUUUAAUCCAGACUUUGGUCACAAUAAUGUCGCUUAUUCAAACAAAAGUACUGUUAGACAUGGAUUUGCAUUCGAUUGGAAUUCCACAAGAAAUAAUAAGUCUCAAUGGCAGGCACGUUGGAAAAGACUGCGAGCCGUCCUCUCGUAGUUGUCAUUAAUUAAUCGUACAGUUAGUUUUAUUGGCUGUUCCAUUUAGUCAUCAUUGGAAAAAAAGUAGAGAAAAAGAAAAAAGAUCUUCCAGAUCGACGAGCAUGCUUGCCAAAUAUACCCACAUGAAAAUAUAAUAUUUUUUAAUGACAAUACAGUAUCGUCGCUCUGUAGUAUAGUCAUUACUAUAUUUUACAAUGUUUUCACACAAAACUGUGAAACGCUAAUAAUUUAUAACGAAAGAGAGCAUAAUCUCGCGAAUUGCUGCGAUUUCUUUGUUUUAAUUUGGUGAAUUGAAAUGAUGAUUUAUAGAAUCGACUAAGUAUUCAAAGACACAUAGGGGCAUAUUUUACUAAACUGCGACGUUGUCUUGGUUGGGUUUCGAUAUCAAGCGACUUUUACACGAGUUUUUAGAAUAGGCAAACAGCGUUUCGAGAACAUUUUGAGAAGUGCAAAGAGCAAUAAUACAUUAGGCAUACAUUGUAGAGCACUCUGUGGCAUUACCUGUUAAUCAGCUGUUUUUUGCUCUUGUUUUAAUCGACGUCUUUAUUACGUUAGCAUGACAAUACAUGAGAAAGUACAACUUUUUAUGAGUAUUAGUUAUUACAUUUCAGUCACCUCUGUAAUUCAUAUCGAGAUGUUUUAAUUGUUUGAUAAGUAUGUGUGUGCGACAACUACUCAUCUAUCUAUAUAUUAUGUUUUUAUAGAUAAAUUGUAUAUACUUGAAUGUAUGGCACGCAAACAGAGGGAUACUUCAUCUAGAAAGAAAAAACGACGGCUGAUCGAUCACGAAAUCGUUCUAAAUUAUGAACGAAUUACGUUGCCAUAGUGUGUAAAUGUGUAAUUGCAGAUUUGUUACAAAUAGAGGCAUUGGAAAUAAGGAUCGCUCGAAUGAAAUCUUAUAGUUUUAUAUAAGAUGAUCUGUCUGUAAUUUGUAAGGUAUAGCUUUGCAUUACACUUAAUUUUUUUUAUAUAUAUUUUGUAGUCGCGAGAAAUGUCUGUUUUAAAAGAUUUUCAUCAAGCUUUUUUCCAAAAGUGCAUUGCACAGAUAAUUUAUUGUUAGGUGUUUAAAGCUACAUUAUCCAAAAAUUGAAACAGAUAUAUUCGAAUAUUCUUUCUUCCUACUACAGCUAUGAUUUCUGUAUCAAAUUGUAUAAUAAAAAAAGAUGAUGCCAUUUUUUUGCAUUCAAUUUUACAUAUGUUAUGUAAUUUUACAUAUAUUGAUGAAGUAUCAAAAUCUUUGAAAAUAGACACUUUUUGCUUGAAUGAUCUGUACACGUAAUAAGUGAUGCUUGGAAACUUGUAUAUGGUCUCUGUACCCCAUAAUAAUACUAUAAAGUAAAAAACAGAAAUAUACGGCCCCAUAAUGGCUUUUUAUCAUCUUUAACUCUUUCCACUCAGGUACAUUGAUACAACGAUAUAAAGUUCAGUUAUUAAUAAAUGUAAAUUAUACAUUUCACUUAAUAUGCACAAAAAUGCAACGAUAAUUUAAUUUAUUUUUGCUAAAAUUAUGUUUGAGAAAAUUCUCAUUGACUAUUUUUAUUACAAUUUCCUCUCAAUAGGCUAAUAUGAUAAUACAAAUUUGAGUGUAAAGAGUUAAAUUGAGAUAGACUAUUUAACUAUAAUCUCUCGUAUACAAACUAAAAUGUUGGGAUAUAUAUAUUUAUUAUUGCAUUAAGAAUUUUUUUUAUUCCAGUAAAUGUAUGAAAGAUUCAAUCAAUCGCGAAAAUGUGUAUGGAAUCUGCUGUACAUACAUAUACACCUUCGAAUAAUUUUUACAUAUGUAUUGUUUAAUUAUGUACAAGAUGAUUUGUCUGAAAUAGAACACCCGAAUAAAAAAUUUUGCUAAAUUUGAAAACUGCAAAAAUAAAUAUUAUGAAUGUUUUUUGUACUAGCGCCUUAAAAGUUUCGUUUUAUUUUAUUUACAUGAAAUAUUUAGAAAUAAAUAGAACAAUUAGAAAUAUUUUCCAAAUCGUCUAAUCAUAUAUGUUUUUCUUUUAAUGUUGAAUAUUUAUUCUGACAAAAGUGUUCUGUUUCUGAUUUGAAUUAUCUUGUAAUAAUAUUAUCGUAGAUCUCAAGGAAACUAUUUCAAGUUUUAUUAGGUGUUAAGCAAGUUACACUUUAUUUUGUUAUCUGCACAUAUACUUGCCAUCUAAUUCCGAUAACACCUCCUAGUUACCUCAUCGUCGUGGUGAAUAUGUAUUACGAUUAUUUUUGCAGCAGCUUCUUAUGUAUUACUUUCACAGCCUUUUCUUCGAAACUCCUCGAUAUGAGUCACGCACUUCGAAUCAAAAAGCUAGAUAAUUUGUACUUACUUUUCUCUACAGGACUCUUUCAUACUUUGCGCGCGUACCUGUGAGAGGUGUAAAUAAACGCGCGGCUAUUUCUCGAUGAAGUAUUUCUGGAAGAGAUGUAUCGUAUACGCUUGUUAAAUGCGCGCCUCGACACAUACACAAACCAAUUUCGUGACAGGCAUUCCACAAGUGCUACUAAUAUUGCAUGGUUUGUUGUAAUUAAUAUAAGGGCCUGCUUCUUCCAUCGUUUCUUUGGAAUAAAUGCAUCGAAAGCAAUAUUUAAAAUGUAAUUUGAAUUUAUUCUCUUUGUCUUUCUCUCUUUUUUUAUAUUACCAUCGAAAAAUCUAAUUGCGAUAUUAAAAACGCUGUUUAACAUUCAGCUACGUUUCUAGAUAUUGUUUCCAAUGCAUUUUUACAUUGAUGUGAAUGUGUGCGUUUUUCUUUUUGUAUCGUUAGAAUAUCGAAUAUAUAAGACUGCUACACCGCUCGAAAAAGCAUACUGACGCGAUAUUACAUAUCAUUCUAGUUACGUCUAUGUUACGGUUUUUGUCGUCUCGUGUUAUUGUCAUUUUUUUAUACCGUUUCAAGUUUUCAACCUCUCACGCAAUAUUCCAGGAAGUGUCUUCUCUUUUCAAAUCUCAAAUAAUCGUUCGUUGUAGUCGGAUUUCGAAUAUUUCGUCGAUUGCUAAACUAGGGUAUAUUUUAUUAUCUCUCUCUCUCACUUAUAUGUAUGUUUCCGGGCGGUAUGUUCGAGUAUUAAAUAGUUCAGCAGUGUUAUAUAGAAAUCUGUGCGUUUCAACGACUGAAAACUAUAUAAGAGAUAUUUCAAAUAGUUAUUAAUGAGCUCUCGAAGAAUGCCUUUACUGCGCGCUAAGUCUGGAUUUUAUUUAACAAAGUUACUUCACUAUUCGGCAUCGCGACGAAGAUACAGAUUUGAUGUUUACGAUUUGUAUCCCGGUAAAGAGUAAGAGCAUGAUUUUACGAAAACAUUGUAUAAUCGCAUAAAAUCAGAAUUAUACAAAUAUAAUCUAUAGUGUAACUGUGUAGUAAAA